AUGAGGCAGCUAAGCAGAUAUGAACUAAUAUCAGGACAGAGGAUCAAUGCCACGAAAAGCUGUUUCAUCACAGCUACUCAUACUGACAGGGAGACUAGGAAAAAGAUUAAGAAAAUUACUGGAUUUUCACAUAAGACUUUCCCCUUUACUUACUUAGGGUGUCCUAUUUUUACAGGAAGGAAAAAUAUUUGUUAUUUCACAGAAAUGACAACCAAGAUACUAAAGUACACUGGAGCUUGGCAAGGAAAUCUUCUGUCAUUUGGAGGGAAAGCUGCCAUCAUCCAACAAGUCCUGCAGUCUCAGACCAUGCAUGUACUUGCUGCUAUGACGCCUCCUAAAGAUGCUUUCACACAAAUAGAAAAAUAUCUCCAAGAUCUCUUUUGGGGACACAAAGAGGGUAAGAAGAAGCAUCAUUGGGCAUCUUGGAAGUAUCUUUGCUUCCCAAAAGAUGAAUGUGGAGCUGGGUUCAAGAGCCUUUUCGAUAUUCAGACAGCUUUUGCCAUGAAAAGAUGGUGGAGACUGAGAACACAAGAUAACCUGUGGACUAAAUUCAUGAAUGCUAAAUACUAUAAAAGAGUUAAUUUGGUAGCAAGAAAGUGGACUUCAGGACAAUCACGGAGCUGGAAGGAGCUUAUGUUGAUCAAACAAUUUGCAGAACCUCACAUGCUUUGGAAAAUCAACAAGGGAAAGGUUAUGUUUUGGUGGGAUAAUUGGACAGGUAUUGGACCACUAUCCCUAUAUGUUAAUGGAGACAUUGCUUUGGGAAAUAUGCAAGUUAGGGAGCUCAUUAUUGAAGAUAGAUGGAACAAUGAGAUGCAACAAAUUUUGGUGCCUCCCAAUUUGCACCAAUAUAUCAACCAGAUCCAAAUUUUUUAUAGAGGCAGAACUGACCAGUGCUACUGGAUGCUCACUCAAGAUGGCACUUUUAUUUGUGCAUCUGCCAGGGAAAACAUCAGAUGUAGACAAAACAAGAAUGAUACAUUCAAUGCAGUGUGGCACAAGGAUCUGCCCUUUAAGAUUUCCUUUCUCAUUUGGAGGAUUUUCUUCAAGAGACUCCCACUUGACAAUACAACCGUGAAAUUCAGGCAGGGAAAUACCACUGUGGUCUAUGAGAUUAGCUUUAAUCUCAAGAUUUAUCUCAGAAAAGAAUUUGGUUUUGUACCUUUAGAAGCCAGUUGGAGGGAUCUAUGCAUUCUAGUGGAUGCGUAUAAACCUAAGUUGAAAGUCAUCCCUGUCUGCUGGUUGAAACCAGCCCCUAUGCUUCUCAAACUCAAUACUGAUGGGAGCUUAAUGAGUAGCACUAACAAAGCAGGUGGAGGAGGAAUACUCAGAGAUCACCAGAGGAAUCUGAUUAUGGCCUUUAGUGUAUCUAUGAUUUAUUGCUCUAAUAACAUGGCUGAAACUUAA